UUGGCAACAGAUGUUAGCUCAGGUCCCAGUCUUUAAAAAGAAGCCCGCCCCCUGCCAUUCCCUCUCUUAACCUGAGUAGCUUUUUCCAAAAAGCUUACGUACUGCUGCACUACCCCCAAACUGGUGCAGCAUCAGAUAGUCCUUUGUUUUCAGUGCACAGUUUGGACUCCAACCUGCUGGGGAGCCUUAGCUCUCAUCUGUACAAACAAGGAAGCAGGGUACUACCUCCGUGCUCCAAGAAUGCUCUCACCCACCACUGCGCCACUCGGUGCUCUUCCUUUAGCACAUCCGUUUCCUUCUCCCAACCUCACCCACCCACCCUGCACGCACCAACUUCAACAAGCAUUAUUCACAAAGGAUCCUUGUGCCAGGUGCCAACAUUUAUCAUGGCAGACAGACCUUUUCUGCUCAGACAUCAAACAUGCACCUGAACUUUGGAACCCUGUCUCUGGUCUGGGCAGUGAGGGACAGAUGGCCUAAGGCAGUGCCUCUCAAGCUUGAGCGCAAAGGUUGAUACCUGGGGGCAGGGGUGAGGAGCCUCAAGUAACAAUGCAGACUCCGACUCGGGCGGUUCUGGUCAUUCCCAAGUUCCCAGGUGAUGGUGAUGGCCCAUGAGCACAAGGCUCCAAAGAACCAAAACGGUUCUAGGACUCACUUUUCAAAAACCACAUUCUGGAUUAGCUUAGUUGUAAACCUCACUUCCUAAAUUCCUAGUUCUAGUCCCUUCUCUUCCUCCAACAGGUCAUAUUUUUCAACAAAGAUGUUCCUCAUGUAAAAAACUGAAGGACCGUCUGUUCUCACCGCUUCUUCCAGAUACUGGCAUCUUCCUUUGGGUCUGACUCUUGGAUUUUCUUCACAGCAUGGCCCCCAAACGCCAGAAUUCGCUCCCGCCUCAAAUGAAGAAACCGAGACUGCCUCCCACCCCCAGGCCAGAAGAGACGUCGAAGACCUCUGUGAACUUGCCGCAAGGAGAAAAAGAACAGCAGGAAGCAAUUGAACAUAUUGAUGAAGUACAAAAUGAAAUAGACAGACUUAAUGAACAAGCCAGUGAGGAGAUUUUGAAAGUAGAACAGAAAUAUAACAAACUCCGCCAACCAUUUUUUCAGAAGAGGUCGGAAUUGAUCACCAAAAUCCCAAAUUUGGUAACAACAUUUGUCAACCAUCCACAAGUGUCUGCGUUGCUUGGGGAGGAGGAUGAAGAGGCACUGCAUUAUUUGACAAGAGUUGAAGUGACAGAAUUUGAAGAUAUUAAAUCAGGUUACAGAAUAGAUUUUUAUUUUGAUGAAAACCCUUACUUCGAAAAUAAAAUUCUCUCCAAAGAAUUUCAUCUGAAUGAGAAUGGUGAUCCGUCUUCAAAGUCCACUGAAAUCAAAUGGAAAUCUGGAAAGGAUUUGACGAAACGUUCAAGUCAAACACAGAAUAAAGCCAGCAGGAAGAGACAGCAUGAGGAACCAGAGAGCUUCUUUACCUGGUUUACUGACCAUUCUGAUGCAGGUGCAGAUGAGUUAGGAGAGGUUAUCAAAGGUGAUAUUUGGCCAAAUCCAUUACAGUACUAUUUGGUUCCUGACAUGGAUGAUGAGGAAGGGGAAGGAGAAGAUGAUGAUGACGAUGAUGACGAAGAAGGAUUAGAAGAUAUCGAUGAAGAAGGGGAUGAGGAUGAAGAUGAUGAUGAGGGGGAGGAGGGAGAGGAGGAUGAAGGAGAAGAUGGCUAAUGGAACACUGAUGGAUUCCACCCUUCCUUUUUUCAUUUUCUCCAGUCCCUGGGAGCAAGUUGCAAGUCUUUCCCCCCCCCCGUCUUGUGCUCAGUCGCCCUGUUUUUGAGGUCUCUUUUCUCUCCUUUAUACCAUGGUUCUCAACUUAUUUUGGGGGGAAAUACCUUGAGCAGAAUACAGUGGGAAAAGAAUCUCUACCCCUUUCUGUUCCAAAUUCAUUUUUAUCCCUUCCUGUCUCAACAAAAACUUUAUGGAAUCAACACCACCGUGCUCUGUGGGAAAAAAGAAAAACCUUCUGCUCCCUUAGCUCUGCUGGAAGCUGGAGGGUGCCAGGCCCCUGUGUAGUAGUGCAUAGAAUUCUAGCUUUUUUCCUCCUUUCUCUGUAUAUUGGGCUCAGAGAUUACACUGUGUCUCUAUGUGAAUAUGGACAGUUAGCAUUUACCAACAUGUAUCUGUCUACUUUCUCGUUU